AUGCCACUCCUUAAGGGUGGUCGGUACGCUGUGACGCGAACCAAAAAGUACCUAGAUGCAGGACGGAUAAUAUUUCGGGAGAAUAUUAAGAUUCUGACCAUAAACACCCUCUCCAAAGGUGAGAUUUCCGAAGGAGCCCGCGAGUUCAUUCGCUGGUAUCUGCCCCAGCUGCAGUACAAAAAUCCAGCCGUGCAGAUUGUUACUUUCCAAGACAUCUGCCCCACGCCAUCAUUACAGUUUUACCUGGCUGAUGGACGUGAUUACACAAUGGAUUGCUCCUUCCGCUCAGCUGACAGUAUCCAGGCGCAUAUCGCCCGCGUCUGUGCGAAAUCCUCUGAAACACUGAAGGUGGAGGAAGUUGAGAAACAACAGUUAGUCAAUCCAGCUAACUUUGGCACAAAGUAA